AAGUCCUAAGCUUUCCCUCUCUUUAUCUCUGUCCUCUUAUUUAUAUCGAGGAGCUUUGGAGAGGAACAACUCCUUAUUGUUGAACAGGAUAUAUACAUGUUGUGGAUGUGGAUUUUAAAGGGAUAUUUCUGACAUUUCAUAGUGAGAAGAGUCAAGGCUCCAUUUGAGUCUUGAUUCACCUAAAGGAGGUACUGUCAAUCCCAGAGGAACUUCAUUAUCAGUCCAUAUUUCUUCUUCUUAUCCCUGAAAACGAGAAUGGAGCUACAGAAAAUGAAUGGCCAUCAGUGCAUGGAUGGGUUUGAUGGGCUGGAGAGCAUGGCAGAGCGUGAUGAGUUCCUGCCUCACAAGAGUGGAGGGAAGAAGGAAUCCCAGUUCACAGAUUUUGAGGGGAAGACUUCCUUUGGCAUGUCCAUUUUCAACCUCAGCAAUGCUAUCAUGGGCAGUGGGAUUCUGGGACUGGCGUACGGUAUGGCAAAUACUGGAAUCAUCCUGUUCAUCGUCCUGUUGACAUUCAUCGCUAUUCUAUCAGCAUAUUCCAUCCACCUCCUCCUAAAAUGUGCAGGAGUUGUAGGAAUACGUGCCUAUGAGCAGCUGGGGAACCGGGCGUUUGGAUCGCCAGGCAAAGUUGUGGCUGCUGUUAUCAUAACGGUGCACAACAUUGGAGCAAUGUCCAGCUACCUCUUCAUUGUGAAAUCUGAGCUUCCACUGGUCAUUCAGGCCUUCCUUGGCCAGCAUGAAAACACAGGAGAGUGGUUCUUGCAAGGAAAUUAUCUGAUCAUCAUCGUAAGCGCCUGCAUCAUCUUUCCACUUGCACUCAUGCGACAGCUCGGUUACCUGGGCUACACCAGUGGAUUCUCCCUCUCCUGCAUGGUUUUCUUCCUGAUCUCGGUGAUCUACAAGAAGUUCCACAUCCCCUGUCCACUGGAGAAUAGCUAUACCAAUGACUCUAUAUACAGUGACAGUCAUUCGAAUCACUCCUUCUUUCAUGAUCACAACAAAACCGAAGAUGACUCUUGUGAAGCCAAGCUGAUAACCAUCAACCCAGAGACAGCCUACACCAUUCCCAUCCUGGCUUUCGCCUUUGUCUGUCACCCAGAGGUGCUGCCCAUUUACACAGAACUACGAGAUGCUACCAAGAAACGCAUGCAGACCGUGGCCAACAUAUCCAUCCUGGCAAUGUUUGUUAUGUACUUGCUAACUGCUCUCUUUGGUUACCUCACCUUUUAUGUCGCAGUAGAGUCGGAACUCCUUCACACCUACAGUUCCGUUGACCCAUUGGAUACACUGAUCCUGUGUGUCCGUCUGGCUGUGCUGGUCGCUGUCACCCUGACCGUUCCAGUGGUGCUCUUCCCAAUCCGCAGGGCUCUUCUCCAGCUGCUGUUCCCUGAGAAGCCCUUCCACUGGGCCAGACACAUCUGCAUUGCCAUCUGCCUCCUCUUCAUCGUCAACCUGCUCGUCAUCUUUGUGCCCAACAUCCGAGACAUCUUCGGUCUCAUUGGAGCCACCUCUGCACCUAGCCUCAUCUUCAUCCUCCCUGGAAUCUUCUACAUCCGGAUCAUUCCUGAAGAACAGGAACCUUUAAAAUCCAGACCAAAGAUUCAGGCUGCAUGUUUUACUGCAUUAGGGUUUGUCUUCAUGGUGAUGAGCCUAUCCUUCAUUAUCUUUGACUGGGUGACUGGACAGGCACGGAGCGGAGGUGGGCACUAGCAGCUGAGACUCCCA